UCUGCGGACUCCCCGGGACAACUCCAAUUUGCAUUUAUCGGAUGAAGAUCACUUCGGUGCCAUUGUGCGCAGCAGCCACUCACUUCAGGAUAAUAAGAAGGGGAUCCCGCUGCAGUCGGACCAGGCUGAAAGAGGCUCACUUUGUGCUUUCUUGCACUUGGGGGGCUCGAUCCUCUCCGUCCCCCUCUUCCUUCUCUUACUUCGCUGUUCUGGAGGGACAACUUUAUUCCUCAGCAUCUCUAACCGUGCAGGCAAAUGGAGCAAACGUAUGGAGAGGUGAACCAACUGGGCGGUGUGUUCGUCAACGGGCGACCCCUGCCCAACGCCAUCCGGUUAAGAAUCGUGGAGCUGGCCCAGAUCGGAAUCAGACCCUGCGACAUAAGCCGGCAGCUCCGAGUUUCGCACGGCUGCGUGAGCAAGAUUCUGGCUAGAUACAACGAGACGGGCUCCAUCUUGCCCGGUGCCAUCGGCGGGAGCAAGCCGCGCGUCACGACGCCAAACGUGGUGAAAAACAUCAGGGAAUACAAACAGAGCGACCCCGGGAUCUUCGCCUGGGAGAUCAGGGACAGGCUUUUGGCUGACGGGGUUUGUGACAAGUACAACGUGCCGUCUGUGAGCUCCAUCAGCAGGAUUUUACGCAACAAGAUUGGAAAUCUCUCCCAGCCCAACCAGUAUGAAAGCAGCAAACAAGCCUCGGCGCAGGCCGGGCUCUCCUACAACCACAUAUACCCGUACUCCUACCCAAACACUAUGUCUCCAACAAGCGCUAAAAUGGGCAGCCCCCCUGGGGUGCCCGUGACGGCUGGACAUAUGAGCAUAUCCAGGGCUUGGCCUUCUCCACACACAGUCAACAACAUCCUCGGAUUACGAGCCUUCAUGGAUCCUACAGCUAUUGCCGGGGCGGAGGGAUAUCCACCAAAGAUGGAGGAGUGGGGCGGCGUCAGUAGAGCCUUCCCUGCGCCUCACGCGGUCAACGGGAUUGAUAAAUCAGCCAUUGACGCCGACAUCAAAUAUGCUCAGCCUUCCUCCACACUGUCCAGCUACGUCUCCGCGUGCGCCUACUCCCCGAGCAACCAGUACGGGGUGUACAGUGGCCCAGCAGGGGGCUACGUGGCCCCGGGCCACCACCAUUGGCAGACUCAGAGCCCGACUCUGUCCCACCCGGGCAGCGGGAUGAACAUGCACGCGGGGGAGAUCCACUCACCGAUGGCCUUCAAGCAUCAAAUCCGAGAAGGAGACAGAAAACCUCCCAGCCCCCUGAGCAAACAGCAGCAUGAAGACUUGAACAGUGUGCACGGACUCAGCCUCACUACCUCAUCAUCCUAACCAGGACUUAUCAGCCCUUAAUGCCCAGACACAUUUAACAGAACUCAUUUCAACAGCUCCAACAGUAAGUGUGUUCACCAACAGCUGGUUUGGGAGUCAAACACGGCCGCUCCAGCUCAGAUGGGUCUUCAUGGCCUUUUGAAUGUAAGCUGGUUUCCCCUCCUCACACAUGGAUCAUGGUUGCUUUUAUUCUUUAAAUAAGUCAUGUUCUUAACUAAUGAGGGCUGCGAGAUUUAAAGUUAUAACAAUAAAAGUACUUUUUAAUUUAAUUUUAUUUUUUUAAAGGAUCCGCUCAUUGUUUUCUUAUAAAGCCAGAUCAUGUUUUCCUUUUAUUAAAUAAUCUGAAUUUGUGGC